AUGAAAAGCCCAUACUUCACAGAUAAAUGUGAUCUAAUAGACAACGGUGAUACCAGUCUAGUAGUUCGCCUCGUGACAUUCCAGUGCAUGUAAUAUCGAAACCGGAAGACAAAACAAAAUGGCGACAAAUGUGGGAGGCAGUGCGGAAACGUGCGGCAUUUGUCUGAACAAAUUUAACCACCCCAAGCUUCUGCCGUGUUUUCACACAUUUUGUUGUGAAUGUCUAGAGGAAUUUGUUUCCAAAUCUUCACAAAAUGGCCGAUUUCACUGUCCGGCAUGUAGAUACGAGAUGACUUUGCCAGAAGGAGGCGUUACGAAAUUUCAAACAAACUUCUAUGUGGAAGCUCGGGCGGUGAAGCACGCGCACAACAAUGACGUAAAUUGUGACGUGUGUGAACACAAAGCGAGCCACGUGUGUCACGAAUGUGAAUUCGCUUUGUGUGAAUCUUGUGUAAAAUACCACAAGUCUAUCCCGGUAACGAAGUCGCAUUCGCUAAUUCAGCUUGGCGAUCAGUCCAAGGACAAAUCGUUUGUUGUCAGAGAGGCAUACUGCGUCAAACACAGUAGCGAAAAGUUAAGAUUUUACUGCAGUCUUUGCGGUAAAGUCAUUUGCCUUCAUUGCAAGCUCACCGCACAUGAAGGACAUAAAACUGAAGACAUCUGUGAUGUUGUCGCUACAGCUCGAAGCAGUUUGGUCGAAACGAAAGAGAAACUUGAGAAAUAUCUUCCCGGAAUUAAGAAACCCCUGGAAAUGAUACAUUCUGAUCAUGCCAACGCUUUGUCCGCCUGUGACUCUGUCAGCGAUCAGAUAAACACUUUUGCAGACCAUCUAGUGGAAAGAAUAAAUAAGAUUAGAACCAAGGCAAUGGAAAGAUUGAAAGACGAGAGACAAAGAUCAGCAAAAGAAUUCACAGGCGCCAAAGAAUUGAUGCAAAGCCACGAAGAGUUUCUAAAUUGUCAGAUAGCGCAUAUAACAGACCUGCUGACACAUGGUCUUGACUGUGACGUUUUGACAGCAGACGCGGAAAUGAGAGAGCGAUUAAUCGAAGUUCAAAACAUGGACCUCGAGGUCUCGAUCACCCAUGAAAGUCGUCGCAGUGCCUCAGAGGCCAAUUCAACCUAUCUUUUUCUUUUAGAAUUGACGUUGGGUGAUGUCGAGGGGACCAAAGAAGCUCAACGCCUAAGGGCACUGCCUCCAUCUGUCACUUGGACUCGCCAGUAUUUGGAUAGAAUAGGAUGCGAUGUCAAUGACUUUGUGAUGACACUUUUGAAACGCGUCACUGAGUACCAAGUAGAAGCUGAUGUUUUAAGUCGAUUCAGCUGUGACGGUAAUACAAUCCGUUCCAUCAGUUUCUCAGAGUCUAACAAGGCUUUAAUUGUUGUAGAAGCAAAUCUUAUGUCUCUUUGUGAAUUUGAUGUUAAUUACAAUCUGCUUCAGUGUACAAGAGAAGGCGUACAAGAGAGGAUACACAUUUCACAGAACAAUUAUGAAAAUGAUGACACAUUGACGAUUAUGGAGAAACGUUUAAAUCCCGAUUCAUUUGACAAUGAAUGGAAGGUUAAAGAUGAAAUUCCUGAUCAAUAUUCAGAUGAUCAAUAUCAAUAUUCAGAUGAUCUGUAUGAAGAAUAUCUGGAUAAUACAUCAGACACACCCGGCCUGUUUGGAAGUAUAAAAAAACAGUUUCCUUUUGGAGACUGUUUGGACAACGGAGAUGAAUGCUCAAUAGAUGUUAACAAACAAAAUGUCAUCAUUACUUUAAAUAAUGGAAUGUUCAGGACAUUGUGUUCUAAUCCAUUUGCGGCGCCGUACGAAGAGUUCCGUCCUGAAGAUGUUUGCUGGGGAACCCACAACGAGAUCUACAUUGUAGACGCUGGGUCAUCAUCAGUCCUAGUUUACAGUUUAGAGGAAGGAUUUCAAAAAGCUCUCACAAUCCCCAUGGCAAACGUUUGUCCAUCUGCCGUUGCCAUGGACACCGAUCAGCAACUGUGGAUUGGAGAUGUUAGGGGAAAUGUUUAUGUUUGCAAUGUUUACUGAGUUAUUUAAUCCAAAUGGGACCUACAACAUGGGUGGUUUGCGUUCACCUUGGAAUAUGAUAGAUAGUAAAAUCCAGUGUAGUUUAAUAUAGGGAAGACUGUUUUUGAAUAUAAACACAAAAUAUAGAAAAUUGCAUCAGGUGAGAGCUUUAACACAGCCCCUAUUAAUAAAAGACCACGAAACAAAUAUAUAUAUAUAUGUGUAUGUGUAUAUGUAUAUGUAUAUGUAUAUGUAUAUGUAUAUGUA